AAAUAAAUGAACGAAAGGAAAAAAUGGUGUGAAGUUUGCAAAAUGUUAAUUCCAUAUACUAGAGCUGCUAUAUAGGAUCAUGAGAAUACAGCAAAACAUAAAAAAAAUAAAGAAUAACAUCUAAAAGAAUUAAACAAAAAGGCAAGAAUUGAAAAUAAAUAAUAACAUAAAGCUUAUGAUUCAAUAGCUGAAACUUCAAAAAGCUUUAAAAAUAAAAAAUAAAAAAAAGAAGAACAUAAUUAUCAUCAAGUGGUAGAAAAUGAAUAUACGGGAGAAAAUUAAUAAGAAUAAUAAAAAGUAGCUGAUUAGUUAGGAUUUUAUGCAGAAGGCAGAGUAUGGAUUUUAGAAAGAGAAGAUGAUACUGGAAAAUUAAGAUUUAGAAACACUAUAACAGGAAUAAUAAAUUAUGAAAAACCUAUUGGAUUAAUGUUAGAAGAUUAUGAAGAAGAAGCUUGGGAUGAAUAUUAAAAGAAUCCUAUUCCAAAUGUAGAUAAAGAUUUAGUUGUAAAAGUUGGUUAAUGGGAAGUUGUUAAAACUGAAGAUACUUUUUUAAAUAAAUUUAAGGUAGAAACUUCUGAAUCAGAAGAGGGAGAAGCAGAACUUAAUCAUGAAGAAUAAUUAGCAUAAAAGAUAGAAAAAGAUAUAUAGGAAGGCACUAUAAAGAAUUAAUAAGAAUUAGUUAAAGAAGUCUUAGUAUUUGGAUAGAUUGGGAAAGAUAAAAAUAGGAUCUUAUAAUAAAAAUUAAUUGAAUUAGCAGACAAAGAUGUAGAAUUGAAAGAUAUCUUACCUUAGAUGGAAUAGAAAAAUGUAAAAAAGGAAGAAAUAAAUACUUCAGGAUUAUUUAAUAAAAAGUCAUUUAAGAAAACUAAAGUUGAUUACUUCUGA